CGCACUCACCGGCCCGAGGGCCCACGGAGCGCCCCGAGCGUCGCCCGCCCGACUGCUGCUGUUCCUGUGCCUUCUGGCUACGACGCGCCCGAGCCUGGCGGACGGUGACCUCCCAGGUGCGAGGGGUGCAUGGCGGACCGUGGAAGGAGCGCGGACGGCUGAUGGCGCGGGAGAGGCGCGGGGAUGCUGGUGAAGCUGGUGAAGGCAGUGGCCUCCCAUUGGCUGGGCGUGGGUGACCCCAGGAAGCAACGUGGGCACCGCGGCGCUGUGGGCUGCCUCGGCCCGUGGGGAGUGAUAUGCAAUGCAUUGCGCCCCGCAGGUUCGGGGGCGUUGAUAUUAGGAUUCAGCUUUUACAAGUCUACCUGUUCGAGAAGAAAUGAUGGCAAAAUACUCUAAUUUUCCUGUGGAGAGUCAUAACAUAUCACUGACAGAACGUUCUAGUACGCCAGUAGAAAAAAAUAUCACUUUGGAAAAGCCUGCUAAUAUGGAACUCACAUGCCAAUUCAGAACAUCUGGGGAUUUGAAUUCAGUAAAUGUGACUUGGAAGAAAGGUGAAGAGCAACUUGAAAGUAAUUAUCUUGUCAAUACAACAGGAAAUACCCUGUACACCCAAUACAUGUUCACCAUCAUUAACAGCAAACAAAUGGGAAGUUAUUCUUGUUUAUUUGAAGAGGAAACAGAACAAAGGGGAACAUUUAAUAUUAAAGUUCCUGCACUUCAUGGAAAAAAUAAGCCAUUGAUCACUUAUGUGGGGGACUCUACUGUUUUGAUGUGUAAGUGUCAAGAUUGUCAUCCAUUAAAUUGGACCUGGUACAGUGGUAAUGGUAGUGAACAGAUUCCUAUUGAUGUCCACAUGAAUGAUAAGUAUGUUGUCAGUGGAAUGUACGCUAAUGAAACAAAGAUCAAGAUAAAGCAUCUUUUGGAGGAAGACAGGGGAUCCUACUGGUGCCGUGCAAUAUUCCAACUAGGCGAAAGCGAGGAGCGCAUUGAACUCAUCGUGCUGAGUUUCUUGGUGCCCCUCAAACCAUUUCUUGCAAUAGUUGCAGAAGUUGCUCUUCUAGUGACUAUUAUUCUGCUCUGUGAAGUGUACACAAGGAAGAAAAAAGAGCAGGGACCAGAUGAUGGGAAAGAAUUUGAACAAAUUGAACAGUUGAAAUCAGAUGAUAGCAAUGGUAUAGAAAAUAAUGCCCCCAGGCUCAGGAAAAAUGAAUCUGUGGACCAAUGAAGGGAGAGGAUCCAGUCAACAGUUGUGGGAAGAUGUACAGUUUGCCUUUCAGCUUUGUUUAUCCUUCCUUUUAAGAGCAUCCGAGUUUUUAUUUUUUUAAAGAUGAAAAAUAUGCACAGCAGUAGCUUCCUAAAUAAUGUAUGCUGUUUCAGAUCUAAGGAUGUAUUUUCCUUUGUAAUUAUUUUACACUAAAGCAAGGUAAAUUGUUUUAAAUGUGUUCUAUGAGAUGUAUAACCCAGGAUAAUUACCUACCCACUGUGAUACUGAAAAUUUGUGUGUUCACUAGGUAAUGGAUACUUUGUGUUUUUGCUAAUGAUGGUUACUUUACAAGAAGACAUACUUUUAAUCCUUUCAUAAUUGUAUAGGGCAUGGGAAUAAAACCAUGUGCUCAUCCCAAAGCGGUCACUACAAAAGCAAAUCUCCCAUCCUUGUUCUACUCAUUGUCAUUGCUCUUUCACACCAUGCCAAAGUGCCUCUUAGUCUCCAAGUAGAACCUUGCUGUGUUUUGUUUUGUUUAUUUCCUAUGGAUUUGGACUUCUUUGGGUCCAUGUGGUGUUGAUUGUUUAGGAUGUAGAUGCAUAUAGUCACAAUGCAGCAUUGCAGCAUUACUCCCUGGAUGCUUUUGUGGCUCAUUGUUUCCUGGUAACUUUGAUACCUAGUUUUUGCUAUACAUGGCUGGUUAAAUAUAAUACAUAAAAAUGCACUGUUAGUGUUUUUACAGUAACAAUGCCUUUCACUGAAACCCAGAGGUACUAAAGUACUUUUAUUUUAAUGCAAAUGCCUUAGACUCAUCUUCAACAAUGGGAUGUUUCUACUGCAUAUGUAAUAGAAAUAUUUCAAAAUUUACUACAAACAAAUCAAAUAAACCCCAAAUGGACAUGAAAAGUUGUCAAUGGCUUUAAAUGAAAUAUUAAAAUCUGACUCAGGAUACCAGACUUAGUGUCUUUGCAGUUGGAGGGUUCAGUGUCCUACUGCUUCAUGGCAGUAGGGAUAAGAAUAAUCAGAAGCCAAGAGGAAGAGCAGGUGGUGAUGAAAAAUGCACAGCUCUUGGUGAUGAAGGGAUUAGAUUUUAGGGGGAGAGGAACUGAAUGAUCUGAUAACAAAUACUUCAUAGAAAUUUCACACCUUGUAUAUUGGCUAAGAAUAUUACAACAUUCUGGUAGUUGAAAAUUAGGACAUCCUAACUAAUGUUUACCAAUAUUACUAGCACAAAUAAUAUACAUAAACAAGCUAUUUAGCAGCUGCUCAAUGUUUUGUUGCUGCAAAAAAUGCAGUAUUUUGUUGUAAAGUAUGUUAACUGUACAUGUAAAUUUUAUUGUACCAGAAUACACUCCUUUGUGUCAGACUUCAUUUUAUUCUUGGUCUCAGAGCCAUGCAUUUAUUUCAAUUUAAUUCAUUAUUAAUUUGACAAAAUUAUCUUGGGUGGUAUGAGGACAAUUAGCUUAAUUCAUCUAAACUUUUUGAAUUCUGUGAAAAAUUUGUUAAACCUGUUACUUGAAUAAGUCUUAUUCAAAGCAGUAUAUCUGUGACUGGGUGUAUACAAAAUUCAAAACUAUAUCACUCACGUAUAGUAUGCAUCCAUAUUUUACUUCCACUGACUAUUUACACUAAAAUAGUUUUCAAGCAAAAAGAAUUGCUGUCCCAAGAUUUUAAAAAAUCUGAAAUAUUUAUGUAUUAGUUGAAGUUCUAAGUGGCAAUUCUUGCCUUUUUAUUUUUUCUAGUAAAGACAGUUAUCUCCAACAUUAAGUAGAAAAAGUACUCAAACAUUAAGUUGAUUUUUGGCUUUUCAGUGUCUCUUUGGAGGACUUUUGGAAGAUUAUUUCCCCACUGUUUGAUUACAAAUGGAGUGCUUCCAUUAACUAAGCUCCUGCAGAUAGCAAACGGAUUGACUAAGGACCAACUGUAAAUUGGCCAAGAAUAAGUUGCAGAAAAGCUGAAGUAGUGAAACUAUUCCUGGUUUAUGUUAGACACCUUAGGGAAUUCUAUUAAUUCUUCCAGUUGAUGGGGUUUUUACUGUAUUAGGUAUAUUUAAUGAUGUCAUAAAAUUCCCAGACACUUUCAUAUUCAGUUUAUACUAAAUGUAAAUCUUCUUUUACAAUCUUUUUGUUUUUCCCUGGCGUCUGGUUAUUCAAGCUGAAACGUAAGAUUCAUUGUGAUAGUCUCUUUCUCUUUACUUGUCAGUCAUGAACUCUGUUACUUUGACCUUCCCCAUUAACUCCCCCACCUGACCCUCAAUAGCUGCAGUAACUAAGGUAUUGAUUUUCCUACCUCAGUCUCCUCUUGUAUCACUCUUGUAUCAUCUUUUGCAUUGCUGCUCAAGUCCUUUUUCUUUGUGUAUGUGUGGUAUUAGGGUUUCAACUCAGAGCCUUACCCCAUUCCUUUCCCCACUCCCUAGUGGUUAAGUCCUUUUUCUGAAACAGGAAGAUCUCACUUUGCAAUUUAAUGUGGGAGAUUCCUGGUUGGUCUCCUUUGCCAUUUAUUAAUGCACUCCACCAAAUUGUUAACCUCCUUCCAGUGUCUCAAACUAGCCUUGAUGUGAAGAGAUUGGGCCCAGAUGUUUUUUUCCAGUACUUCUCCCACUUCACUAGGUCAAGAUUCACUUUCAAGACUUUAAUCUGGUUUUACAUCUUGGAGGAGCCCUCGUGCCAGUGGAGCAGGCACUGUCUAUGUGUUCUAAUACUUCCACAGUUUUUUGUGUUAAUUACCCAGCUUUAUAAAUAUAUACUUGUUGGUUUCUUUCCUGGAUUCUGUCUUAUUUUUGUGUCCUGUAUCUACCACAGGGGGAGUAAAUUAGAGAUGUUUUGAACUAUAUUGUUGAUUCGAUGAAUAUAUAAAUAAAAAUCAAAUUUCAUAAUUUUUACUUAUUUGUACAAAAACACUUUAGAUUGUGACACAUCAGCAUUGAAGAAAAGAACAUUUUGACAGAGAAAAAUAAGCUAUAUAACUUCCUAAACUAUUUUGCAAAGUACAUUGCUUUUGGUUCAUUUAAAUUCCUGUUGUCCCAUGUUCAUGGACAGUACAUAGGUAAGCGUUAUUUUAUCAGUUUUUGAGAACAAUACAUUGACUUGAAAGAAUUUCAGUAAAUGUAGUCCUUUGUACUGUACAGAAUUGAUAUUUCUUGUAUCUGUUCCACUGAUACUGUCAUUCCAGUUCCCACCUCUGCCAGUACCUUAUGUCAUCUCAGAACAUCUCAGAAUUCACUUCAGAAUUUAAUCUUAAAAAACAUUUGAAGUCUUUUAGUUUAGUUUUGAUCACUGAAAGCAUGUCUUCUGUCAAAUUCAUCCACCAUUUCUGAUUGCUUAUUUAAAUAGGUUUAUGAAAAAUGAUUUACGUCUCCAUAAGAAAAUGAAUCUUUUAUAACUGAAAAGAAUUAGGAGCUUAUUGAAUAGGAAAAGUCCAAGUAUGUGUUCCAGUAUUAAUUAAAAGGCACAGUGACCUAUUUGUAUUUCCUGAAUAAAUAUUGAAUGAAUGAAAAAUAGAGGAAUGACUUAAUUAUUUUGGAAUCUUAAACAUCUUUAUAUAUUUAUGUACUUUCUCCUUUUUUUAUUUUUUAUUUUUGUGGUGCUGGGGUUUAAAUUCAGGGACUUGUACUUGCUAGCCAGGUGACCUACCAUUUGAGCCACUUCACCACACCUGCCCUUUUUGCGAUGGUGGUUCUUCCUCCUCCUCCUCCUUCUUCCUUUUCUUUCUUCUUCCUCCUCCUGCUCUUUUUCUUUCUUUAUUGUAAUGGGG